GCGGGAGCCAUGCCGGGCCUGCUGCUGGGCGACGAGGCGCCCAACUUCGAGGCGGAGACCACGCAGGGCCGCAUCCGCUUCCACGACUUCCUGGGAGACUCCUGGGGCAUCCUCUUCUCCCACCCCCGGGACUUCACCCCUGUCUGCACCACGGAGCUGGGCCGGGCGGCCAAGCUGGCGCCCGAGUUCCAGAAGCGCAACGUGAAGAUGAUUGCCCUCUCCAUCGACAGUGUCCAGGACCACCUCUCCUGGUGCAAGGACAUCAACGCCUACAACGGGGAGGAGCCGCGGGAGGCGCUGCCCUUCCCCAUCAUCGCCGACGCGCGGCGGGAGCUGGCCGUGCAGCUCGGCAUGCUGGACCCCGACGAGAGGGACAAGGAUGGCAUGCCCCUGACUGCCCGAGUGGUGUUUGUUUUCGGCCCGGAUAAGAAGCUGAAGCUCUCCAUCCUCUACCCAGCCACCACGGGCAGGAACUUCGAUGAGAUCCUGCGGGUGGUGGACUCCCUGCAGCUCACAGCCUACAAGAAGGUCGCCACCCCUGUGGACUGGAAGCCUGGUGACAGCGUCAUGGUGGUGCCCACCUUGGCUGACGAGGAGGCCAAGCAGCUCUUCCCCAAGGGAGUCUUCACCAAGGACCUGCCCUCAGGCAAGAAGUACCUGCGCUACACCCCGCAGCCCGAGUGAGCGGCGCCCGGGCAGCCCCUGCGCCUGGCCCCGCACAAGCACAGCCUCCUGCCUCACACAGUGCUGCAGCACAGUGCUACACCAGCGCUCCCCAUCCCUUUUGGCCCCCCCAAACUAAACCCCUGGGUGUUCUCUUACCUUGCACAGCCCCACGGGGAAGAGGCUAGGCCGGGGGGGCUCCAGGGCUCACACUGUGGAGUCUCUCCUGCUUGGCACCGGCUGAGCUUUUCCAGGAGGUGUGGUGAGAAACAGGGUGCCAGCAGCCAGGCCCAGGAGGGGUGUCCUGCUGGGCUCACACCUCCUGUUAGGGAGCUGCAGGGGCUCCAAGCUGCUGCCUGCCUUCUGGAGCAGCCAUCACUAACGUGUUAACACCUCUGGCCCCGUGCGUAGUGAAGAAGCUGCAGAGCCAGACCUCACUUGUGCUGCUUUCUCAUCUUGUGCUGGAAGGGAAUUGUCUGCAGGUUUUAUGGAAGAGGGAAUAGGUCAAAUAAACUGAUUCAGAACUAUCUGCAUCAUCCCUCCCCUGCCUCUGCUGCUGUCUGUGGCACCCUGCACCAUUCACUUCGUUCC